UCUCUCUCUCUCUCUGGCAUAUGAUACACAAUCCAUUGUAAUCACAAGUCACAAAAAGUCAAGCCCACUUAGUCAAUAAAACCAUGGCCAUGAAUCUCACUUUCCUGAUUACACCUCCACACUUCCUCUGAAAAGUCUACACAACCAAACACCCAAAAACACAAAGCAAAAACAAAAACAAACCAUAAAACUAGGGCUCCAACCACCCCGGCGAGUUGUCUGCUUUUCCGGCGAAGAUGGAGCUGCUGAGCCCUAGACACCCCCCGGGACCUGCCGGAGAUAGCUUUUCUGGGUUUUCGCCUCCGGCGAGUUUCCAACAUGAGUUUGAUCGGACGAGUCGGACGGUGACUUCUCAGCUGCCGGAAAUUGUCGAAGAAGGCGGUGCCGGAGUACACGUGGCGGUCGGGAAGUCGGUCGACAAAGCUGUUGCUUUGCUCCGGUGGACUUUCCAGAAAUUCGAAGGCGGAGAGAUUUGCAUUCUUCAUGUUCAUCAGCCUUCUCCCUUGAUUCCCACUCUCCUGGGGAAGCUACCAGCAAGUCAAGCAAGUAGUGAAGUGGUAUCUGCAUACAGGAAGGAGGAGAGAGAACAGAUGAGGAAACUUUUAGUCAAUUACUUGGGCAUAUGCUAUCAAUCAAAGGUUAAAGCAAGUGUCAUUGUAACUGAAGCUUCUCAAGUUCAAAAGGAAAUUGUAGAUCUGGUGAACAAACGUGGUAUCAGGAAGCUUGUUAUGGGAGCUGUGCCAGAAAAUUGUAUGAAGGUGAAAAAGAGCUCUAGCAAAGCAAGUUAUGCUGCAAAAAAUGCUCCCCAAUUCUGUGAGAUAUGGUUUGUCAACAAAGGGAAACACAUGUGGACACGAGAAGCUUUUGAAGGCCCACGACCUCUGGAGCCCAUCAGUCCUCGAGAGACUGGAACUGCAGACAAUUUAAGAUCCAAAUCAUUGCAAUGUCAUAAGAAAGAGCUCAUAUCCCAUCCAGAAUGUCUUCGGUCCAGCUCUGCGUCUGCGGGAAAUAGAUAUUGGGUUCAUGCCGGAGCAGUUCAAACAGAAGUGGCUUUAACAUCCUCUUUACCCAAUUCUAUCAACAUAUCUGAUCCACACUAUUUUCUCAGCUUUUCAAGUCCAACAAGCACUAGCUCUAGUUCUGGAUAUACUUCUUCUGCUGGACAAAGGGUGUCUUCAGAUUCUUCGACUAAUGUCGAUGAAGAAAGCUUACACGCUCAACUUACAGAAAUAAGAAUAGAAGUUAAGGCAUCAAGGGAUGAAGCAUUUCCAGAGUUUUUGAAGCGCAAAAAUUUAGAAACUCGAGCUGUGGAAGCUAUCAGCAAGGUCAAAGCUUUGGAAUCUGCUCAUGCACAUGAAAUCAAACUUAGAAAAGAUGCUGAAGAUGCACUGAAAAUGACGAUACAGGAACAAGAAAAGCUCUUGGAAGAAAGAGAAGAAGUAACUAGAGAGCUACAUAUGGCCAUGAGAAAUAUAGCUCUUCUAGAUAGUCGUGCACAAGAAGCAAAUCGUCGGCGAGAAGAGGCUGCCGGAGAAUUAGAACUCAUUCAAACAUCCAUUGCAGCUCUGCAGCAUGAAAAACAGAAGAUACGGCGGCAGAAAAUGGAAGCUACACAUUGGCUUGAUCGUUGGAAAAGUCGUGGACAAGCUGGAGGUGGUGCAAAUUACAUUGGGUUGUUUGGGUUUAAUGAAGAUUCAUCCGAGCUAGCAGAAUUUUCAUUAGCAGAUCUGCAAACUGCGACUUGCAAUUUCUCGGAGAGCUUCAAGAUUGGGCAAAGUGGAUAUGGUUGUGUGUAUAAGGGGGAAAUGUUGGAUCGAACCGUUGCUAUAAAGAAGCUGAAUCCACAUACCAUGCAACGACAGUCGGAAUUUCAGCAAGAGGUUCAAGUUCUUGGCAAACUCCGACAUCCUCACCUGGUGACUUUGUUUGGUGUAUGUUCUGAAGCCUGGUCCCUCAUACUUGAGUACAUGCCUAGUGGAAACCUCCAAGAUCGCCUUUUCCGACGAAGUAACAUUUGUUCCCUGACCUGGAAGAUUCGAGUACGAAUCAUUGCCGAAAUUUCAAGUGCCCUUUUGUUCUUGCACUCGUUCAAACCUGAAAAGAUUGUACACGGCGACCUAAAGCCGGAAAACAUCCUUCUUGAUUCCAAUCUCAACUGCAAGCUAUGUGAUUUCGGGAUUUGUAGACUAAUGCCAGGAGAGACCCUCCGGUGCCCAAGUUUCCGGCGGUAUACCGAGCCAAAGGGUGCUUUCUCAUAUACUGAUCCGGAAGUUCACAGAACUGGGUCAUUGACACCUAAGUCUGACGUUUACUCUUUUGGGCUGAUCAUUCUUCAGCUGCUCACUGGAAGGACUCCAGUGGGAUUGGCUGGUGAGGUGCGCAAGGCAGUAUCUUGUGGGAAAUUAGUGUCGAUCUUGGAUUCAUCGGCUGGAGAAUGGCCUAACCUUGUGUCGAAGCAAUUGGUGGAUUUGGGGUUGCAAUGCUGUGAAUUGAACAGUAGGGAUAGGCCUGAGCUAACACCUAGUUUGGUUAGGGAACUGGAGCAGUUGCAUACCUCAGAAGAACUACCAGUGCCAUCUUUCUUUUUGUGCCCUAUCCUUAAGGAGAUAAUGCACGAUCCUCAGGUGGCAGCCGAUGGAUUCACCUACGAAGGAGAUGCCCUGCGUGGAUGGUUGGAAAAUGGCCGAGAAACUUCCCCGAUGACCAAUUUGAGACUGGAUCACUUGCAUCUCACUCCCAACCAUGCACUGAGACUUGCUAUUCAAGAUUGGCUUUGCAAAGUUUAACAUACCAUUUGUAUACAUUCAGUCUGUCAUAAUGUAUAUUUGUAGAGUCUUCUUGUAUUUGGAGAAAAAAAAACCCUUUUACCAUUGUAUAUCAAUGCAAUAACAGAGCAGGAAUUGUUUUCUGUCUUCGA